UAUAUAACUAUUUUUUAAGUAAUGCUGUACUCUGGUUUGUACAGUAGUUGGCGACGUGUACCUUUAAUGUAGGUUUACAAUCCAUAUAAAGACAAAGAAGAAGAAUGACAGCGGAAUAUAUUCAUAUUGCUAACGUUACAUCCCUGAUGUAGUCUUGUGAAGAUGAGAUUAAAUGUAUUUUUUAGCGAGGAUCAUUCAUCAUCAGAAUCCUACAUUAGUGGGCGGAUGAGCUGUUUGAGGAAUAAGAGAGAGUCCUGCCUGCAGCUCAAUGGACGGCUCCGCUGCACUCUCCGUUUAGCUAGCUAGCUAGACUGCUAGCUCAGUGAGAAACGUCCCCAUCCUCUCGGGAGAACAGACACACACCCUCUGGUUGUCUCUCCGCGACAACAUUAAGCAACUAAGGACAGUUUAAUUGAGACCAAAAGCUCCAUCAGUCCUCAAUGGCUUCCUCAGAGGUCAGCAUGCAGGAAAUGAGCGAGGUGGUGAUCGUCACCAUACCAGAAGCAACGGACGAGGACCUGCCCCCCGUGGUGGAGGAGGACAAAGCAGUGCUGGUUACUGCAGAGCUGACCCCUCAGCCGGGGGAGGACAUCCUCACAGUAGCACCAGUGGAAGCAGAAGCUGAGGCCAGCACAACAGAUUCACUGUCGAAGGAAGAGGCAGUCAUUGAUGAGACUCGAUGGCUGUAUGAGGGUGUGUCGGUCUCUGUCUCUGCAGUGAAGUUAACUGAGGAGGUGGACGUGGAGGCUGAUGUCUUCUACCCAAUCACCUGUGGAGAUGCCAAAGCCACGCUGGUCUGGAAGAAAUUUGUCUGCCCUGGGAUUAAUGUAAAAUGUGUGCAGUUCCAUGAGCAGCUCAUCAGCCCAAAGGAGUUUGUGUGUUUAGCGGGGAAAUCCACUCUGAAGGACUGGAAGAGAGCCAUCCGUCUCAACGGCACCAUGCUCAGGAAGAUCAUGGACUCAGGUGAACUGGACUUCUACCAGCACACUAAGGUCUGCUCCAACACGUGCCGCAGCACUAAGAUAGACCUGGUGGGAUCCAAAGUGUCCGUCAGCAGCGAUCAGUCUGCUGAACUAGUUCCUGCCACCCCCUCGUCAGCAGAUUAGGACUCUGUGGCUUUCUGGCGUACGGUGAAGGAGGCAGGGCUGUUGGAGGAGGUGGUGGAGGACUUUCAGAAAGAGCUGCAGGAGGUGCUGAACGGGCUGCAGGAGAGAGUGUGUGACCCACCACUACAGGUCAAAGAUGCUGUUUUGCUCAACAAUAUCGUGCAGAACUUUGGGAUGUUGGACCUAGUGAAGAAGGUUCUGGCCAGCCAUAAGAGCCAGAUGGACCGUUACAGAGAGCAGUACACUCGCAGCCUGGCUGCUCUGGAGCAGCAGUGUGACGAGCACAGGAAGCGAGCCAAGGAGCUGAAGAGCAAAUCCCAGCACCUCAACAACGUCCUGAUGACCCUCACCCCGGUCCCUGCGCCCCCCGCGCCCAAGCGACCCCGGCUGACCCGUGCCGUCUCUGGCCCGGCCUCAGUCAACGCUGCUCCCACCCAGAUCACUGUGCCUCUCAACCAGCUGACCAGCCUUCAGCUGGGCAAGGUGCUGACCAUGGCAGGAGCCCAGGGCGGCGCCAACCUGGGCGGGUACACCCUCCUGACCUCCUCGCUCUCCGGGUCAGAGCUGGGGGGCGACGCCUCUAACCUGACCGUGCUGUCCACGGCGGCAGGUCAGGUGGUCGGCCCUCAGUACCAGCUGUUGACGCUGCCGGCUGCGCUGCAGAGCUUGGCCGCGACGCAAGGCGCCACCGUCCAACAGCAGGUCGGCACCAUCAGUGUGGUGGAAGCCACGGCAACGGCUGCGGAUGAUUCACAAGAGGAAGGCCAGGCGGAUGGCGAGGAUGAAGGUCAGCCAGAGCAGCUUAAAGAGGGAGAUGGGGAGCAGCCGGCCGAUCAGCAGUGAGACAAAGGACAGCUGUUCUCUCCCUCGUCACCCAGCUCGUAAUUGCCUUCACUCCAUCAUUACGGGCCCUGAUGGGACGUGCAGUUCCUGUGAUGGCCGAGGGCUCGUCCACAUUUAGACUUUCACAGAGCAUUCAUGGCCUGUGUUCAAUUCUCAUUCGAGCCUUCCUUAUAGACGUCCUUCAGAUUUCAAGAUACCCACAUUUAUAUUAGAGUGGCAUCUGGUGUCAGGAGUGUGUACUUCAGUAGUGGUUUCACUGUAAAUAUGUUUUUGUAACUAAUAUAUUUGAUACAGCUGUUUGUGUAGGGAUUUAUUCCAUGUAGGCUGGAGGAGAGGAGAAUUGUUCAGUUUGGUAAUAAAUGCUCAGUUUUCAAGAA